UUAAAACAAACUCCGGCGGCGAUCUCCUCGGAUAGCGCGAGCGUUUUUCCAAGUUUAAUUCGCAAAUUCUUUGCCAUGGCUGGCUUCAACCCGGUCGAUAUGGUCGAUGAAGAUGCGGCCGACUUGCAGUUUCCGAAAGAAUUUGAAAACGCCGAAACGCUGCUGAUCAGCGAAGUGCACAUGCUGCUGGAGCAUCGCAAGAACCAAAACGAAUCCUCCGAGGAGGAGCAGGAGUUUUCCGAAGUGUUCCAUAAAACGUACACCUACACCAACGAGUUCCGGAAGUUCCGCAACAAGGAAACCAUCGCCAGCGUUCGCAGUUUGCUGAUGCAGAAAAAGCUGCACAAAUUCGAACUUGCCGCCCUGGGAAAUCUCUGUCCAGCAUCACCCGAAGAAGCGAAGGCGCUCAUUCCUUCGCUGGAGGGACGCUUCGAGGACGACGAGUUGCAGCAGAUACUGGACGACAUCGGGACAAAACGUAGCUUGCAGUAUUAGGCGUUUGCGUAUGCGUGUGGUGUGCUUUAGUACGGUGCAUUGUAACUAAACGCAUCGACCAGACCGGUCACUGGAACAGAAACAAUCGUCAAUAAAACCUGCUAAAGCUAAACCGGA